AUGGCGCCAGGAACGCGACGCGCCAACAGAUCAGGAUAUGCCGAGCACGAUGACUUCGAAGGUCUUCCCGUGCGACAAUGGCGACAAGAAUGGAUAAAAGUUGCGCCGCCGCAACAGCAGGAACAGACUCAGCAGAAUGAUAUCUGGUCGAUCGAUUUACCUCAUGGCAUGCCGAAAGAUUCGCAUCUACUACCAGCCCAUAGCCAGGAACUUCUGGCGGCUGCGCGAUCCGGAAGACUAUAUAAAAGACCUGCGCCGGCUGAGGAAGAAGAGGCCGAUGCCGAUGCAGCUCCCGAGAAGCCAGAGAAGAAGGAAGAGGACACGAGCGCUCGAGGUUUCAGCGUGAAAGUAUGGAAGCAGUUACCUCGUAAUAUCGACACGCCUGGUACAUCACAUCUCGCGAAACGACAGAAGAACACCGUGACGAUCGCCAGUCGGACGGUGGAAGAGAAGGUUCAAGGACCGACAGUCACAAGGGCGACUGUCAGGAGAAUUGACGCCGCCGGAAAUCCGUAUACAGAAGAAGUUACGCUAUCUGAUGGUCAACAAGUUCAGGGCGAAAUCGUUUCAACACGGAUUGAGCAAGCACCUGUUGCUGGCUCUGAACCACUUGCUACAACACCUGCUCCCAACCGACGAAGGCCGCCACCGCCGAAGAGAAAGGCCAAGGCUGGUCCUGGCCGAGGAAAGAAGAAGAUCAAAAACCCUCUUCCUGAUGCUGGUGCUCCUGUGGCGGCGCCCGUCGCUGGAGCAGAUGGUGUCGUGCCCGCUGUUCCAAUUAAACCCGAGAACCCUGCAGAAGCUGCCAUCAAACAAGAACGCGAAGACUCUGCCAAUCAGGAUAGUCCAAUGCCAGAUGCAGAUGACGACGAUGACGAUGAAGAUGGGGAUGAUGACGAAGGCGACGAGGGUGAAGAGGGCGAGGCAACACCAGCUACGGAGAGUCAAGCAAACGGUGAAAACAGCAAGUCACAAGAUCACGAGAUGACAGAUGCGACUCCCACAACAGCUACUGAAGCAGCGCCCAUCCCACCCCCUACACCAGAACCAGCACCAGCGACUCUCCCAGCUCCUGUUGAACACAACGAGCCUGAUACUUUCAUGCAAACCGACUCAUCUGCGCCCGUGCCUGUACCACCGAACCCUAUGGGCCUGGCACCUCCAACCACCCUCACACCUGGUGGAUCCAGACUCGAAGGCAGCCCCCUUAAGAACGUGGUUAUGCCUUCACCUACCAAGGAGGUGGAUCAAGAGCAAUUGUUGGAGGCGGCGAUAGAUGCACCUUCUGCGGGAGAUGAAAAGCCUACGGAGCCUGAACUGACUGAGGAGAACAUUGCACGGGCAUUGCUGGAGCCACCCGCCAAGGAUGAUGAACCGCAUGGUUCGGCGGAGGAACAGCUCCUGAAGGCGGCUAUAGAUGCUCCCUUUGGGCCAGGACCACAACUAGCAGCCGCAUCUGCAGUUGAACCUGCGGAUUCGACCAUAGCCGAGCCUCCGUCUACAAUUGUCGGAGAGGCUCCUGAGGUUGCUACUGAUCGCGAUGUCCCCAUGUUGGAGCCGACCGACAGCGAGGCACUAUUACCUCCUCCACCCGAAGAGGUUGGCAAUAUUGCAACCACGCCUCCUGGAAGCAUUGGGGAGCCCAGCGCUUCUGGCCCUGGCAGCGAAGUCAAGCCUUCAGCAGAUAUCCACGCUGGCGAAGAGACAGUCUCACAGCGGCCGCCUUUGAUCACAACUGAGACUGGUUUGACAGAGGAUAGUAUCAAACCCGAUGAUUCAGCCUCUGUCACUGCUCCCAUCUCUGAUAUCACAGAUGUCCCGACAGCGGCUCCAUCAGUUGUUGAUCCUCCGCCUGAGCCGCCUGCUGAAACCACUGUGCAAGAUACCACUAUGGAAGAGGCUGUUGACGAGCCUGCCCCAGAAGAAACCAAGGAGCCUACCACACCUCAACCUGAAAUCAAGGAAGAGUCUGCUCCUCCUGCAGUUGAAGAAGUUCUUCGUGAGGAAUCGCCUAAUUUGCUUUCCAGCUUGAUGGAUAAACUUGAUGAGCAGCAUGCAGAGAUCGAGAGUAUGAAGCAAAAGGCAUCAGCUGAACCGGCCACCGAAUCAGUGCCAGAGCCUGUUGCCGAGGUGCCUGCUGAUGUGCCGGCAGAGGCUGUCAUCGAGCCAGCUACUGAGCCCGUCUCUGAGCACAUGGCCGAGCUAAUCGCUGAGCCAACUGCUGAAUCUGCCCCUGAAACUGCUGCAGACCCUAUCACCGAGGCUGCUCCUGAAUCUACUACUGAGCAUCCUGCGGAAACACUGGCAGACCCCGUUGCGGAACCAGUCACAGAACCAGCGGCUGAUGUUCCCACUGAAUCAGCAUUAAUACCUGAAGUACCAGCUGAACCAUCUGACGAGCCCAUGGUUACUGAGGAAGUUAAGACUGAAGAGGUAAAGUCAGAGGAGCCUGCUGUUGAGCCUCCUAUUGUUGAGACUCCUGCUAUCGAUGCCCCGGCAGUUCCUGAAUUCUCAGUGACGGAAGGACAGCAAACACAACAAGAACCAACGCAAGAUUAG